UAUAAUAACCGGCAAACUUCUUGAGCAUUUGUUGACGUAGUGGGGGUAAGUUUGCGCAUGGUACACUCACGUGCAAAAACAUUACUUACUCUGCGUCAUAAUGCUAUUAAAUUAUUAAAAUCAACAUAUGUAUUUAUUCAUAUAUUUAUUAGAACAUCAACAAAACAUAUAGGUUAAUAAUUGUAAUAAUUUAAUCUUGGGGUAAAAUAGAUAUUCCUUCUAUUAAGUCAAAACUAGAGCUGUUGCCAGGUCUUGGUUCAGUUGAAGCGAAGCUGGUAUUUGUAAUUUUUUUUUCGUUAUCAUAAUCUUGACCAUCAUCAUCAUCACUGUUUUCAUCACCAGAGUCGCUAUCAUCGUGAUGAGUCGACAUAGGGCUCAUCGGCGUAGUUUACAACUCGGUCGAUUCGGUCUUCUUUUUUGUCUAUAAUUAAUUAUUUUUUGAAGAUAUUCGAUUCGUAGUAAUCGAAUGUUACUUUUUUCAUUUACCAGCUUCCGAUUAUUUUCUGUUCUUUUUUUCCAUCUGAAGCCUAGCUCUUUCAUAAUUCGUCGUAAGCUUCAUUCCGAGCCAUUAAAAUUUAUAUCUUCUUUAAAUUUUUCGAAGCCUUUCUACGGUACGGAGUUUCGCUGCUUGUUAUGUAGUUAUUAUGAUUACAUCUUUUUAUUACAGAUUGAACGAAACUAUCCAUUCCGGUAACUUUCUUCUUCCCUGAUCUUUUCUUACCCGGAGUCCGCAACACGGCGAGCAAGCCAGAGCCUUUAGCUUCGUUAAUAAUGCACCUAACAGUACUCACUGAUGUUUUUGUUGCUUCCGAAGUCUGUUUUAAUUUUUCCAUAUCAUUCUUCCCCUGUUUUAUAAUGAAGCAAUAUACGUCGUACACAAAUUUUCUACCCUUUCUUUUAAGUACUACACCAGUUUGUCACGGCAUAGUGUAUGUUUUAUAAAAAAUCAACAAACACUCAAUAAAUAGCAAUGGCAACAAAGUCCACAAGCAAUUAUAACAAAUAACUUAACGAUUAAUAACGAUAGACUUUCCACUGUACGCAAGCGUACUUUUGGGAGCAAGCGGAAUGAGGGCGCGGUGCGGGACGCAAGGUUCGACUGAUCUACCAAUAACGCGCUCGAUACGAUUUCCCCUGCCGUCGCGCCUCACCCUCACCACCAAAGUGAUCUAAAAUUCGGUUCUGCGCAGUCAAGGUCAUUUGCUCAAGAAGUUUGCCGAUUACUAUACAUUUAUUUAGAAACAGUUUUCAACGCAGACUGUUGCAUUAACUAGUUGGAUAGCUUCGCCCACCUUUAGAGGUAAAAAGUAAUAAUAAAAAAUACAUUUUGCUAUUAUAUUAUUUCAGACUUUUCAAAUACUUGACAAUUUACGUAGUCUCUGAGCCAGGGUCCAGGGGCGAAGCCCUGGCCGGGGGUAGGGAGGACGGAGCCCCCCGUUCCCAUAAAAAAACAAUGAACUGUUUUUUAAUUUUUAAAUAAACUACAACUAAUUGAAUAAGAACUGUCUGAUGAACUCAUCUUUGUUUAAUACUUCAAUAUUCAAUUUUAUUGCCUUUUGUUUAUUUCACUUUUACACUAAACACAGUAUUGCAAAUUACCCGAGCACAACAAUGGCGGAGAAUUUUAGGUGCGUGAGAGCAGACGUAGAUACUAACGCGCAUGCGCACUUGUUACUACCCAGGGAGGAAAAAUUACACUUUCUUCCCUGUACAGUCUGGUGAAACUUAGUUAAAAAAAAAGGUAGUAUGAAACGCAUGGAACCUUUAAUGGCGACAGAACCCAUCAAAGUAGGGAAGUCUAGUCAUUCAUAUGGUUGCUAUGACAUCAAAAAACUCUCUUGUUUUAACCGUAUAAUACGACCAUCUUUGGCGGCCAUGUUUGUUUACAAGAUUGCAAUCCGUCAAUGUCAGUUUACUUCAUGGUUUGUUUUAUUUAAUUCUGUCUUUUUUAAAAUUAAAAUUAAAGCUGUUUAGUAGUAAUUUGCGUAGUUUUCAUGUUAAUGAUCUGUAAACCUGUGCAGUGAUUUAUCUUUGAUAAAUAUGCCAAUUGUAACGUGCGAGAUAUGUGGACUGAGAACAAGUCGGGUGGAUAACAAAAAACGAACAUUUAUGGCUCAAUUUCCACUGGAUGAAGAUCGGUGCAAACAAUGGGUAAAAAUAACAGGUAAAGAAGACUUGGCCUAUGUGCCUAUAGAAAAAUUGCACCAAUUGAAACAUAUUUGUGGAAAGCAUUUUCGACCUAAGGAUUUUAAAAAGAAAAGGACACAACUUAGAAGAAAUGCUGUUCCAUGUAUCGAAAUUACGGCUGAGCCCCUGAGCGAUGAAAUAUUGAGUGAUUUCCCACUCCAUUUACCUAAAAAAGCUGUAGAAGACCAACACCUACAGUUUGAUGCCACCAAUCCUUCAAUACCGCAAUGUUCAAAAGACUUUUUUGCAUGCAUAGUACAAGAACACAAUUAUUGUAAGCAUAAUGAUACAGAACGAACCCUGCCGUCUCCAUCAGUCAUUAUGGGAAGAAAAGGUCCUGCAGCCUAAAACCUUCAACAUCGAUUCAAAACUACCUAUUACCUGUCCAGGAAACUGCAUCAGAUUAUUUAAAAAGGAAAAGAUCGUGCAGCCCCAAACCUUCAACAUCGACUCAAAAACAUGUAUCAACUACCCAGGCAUCGGCGACUGCGCCAGAUAAUUUAAAAAGAAAAAGAUCCUACAGCCCCGAGACCCUCAACAUCAAUUCAGAAAAAUGUUGACACACCAAGAAAGAAAAAAUUACGAAAGAAGAUAAAGGAACAAAAAAUUAAAAUAAAAAAUCUUCAAAAGCAUGUUAAUCAAAUUGGGAAACUCAAUUCACCAAUACUGAAAAGUUUUAUUUCUGCUUCUAUUAGGAACAACAACCGAAAACCGCAAGGGAAACGUUGGACCAAAUUGAAUAAAAGCAUUGCCAUCGCUAUCUAUAAAAAGUCUCCAAAAGCGUACAGGUAUCUGAAACAGUUAUUGCCAAUACCAAGUGUUAGAACAUUACAGACAAUUUUACAAAAUAUCCAAAUGGAUCCAGGAAUAUAUCCAGCUGUGAUUUCUUAUUUAAAAAAAGAAGGCGAAAAAAUGUCUGAAAAAAAUAAGUUGUGUGUUGCUAUGUUCGACGAAAUAGCGUUGAAGAAGAGAUUAAUCUACAGUGCUAGUUCUGAUAUAGUUGAGGGCUAUGUUGAUUUUGGAAUGGAAGAAGGCAGAACUGGAGAAAUGGCAGAUCACGCGCUAGUUUUUAUGCUGCAAGGCUUACACAAAAAAUUUAAACAGCCGAUUGCGCAUUACUUUGUCAAGGGCACAAUUUCAACACAAAAAUUGGUUGUAAAAAAUGUUAUAAAAACUGUAAGAGAUGUUGGAUAUACUGUAGUAGCGACGGUAUGUGACCAGGGUCCCACGAAUGUUGGAGCGCUAAACUUAUUAAAGCGCUUUUGUGGCAACCCUGCAGAUUCAAAUUAUUUUAUAGUAAAUAAAGAAAAAGUUUUUAUUAUUUUCGAUGUGCCACAUCUCUUCAAGUCCAUUAGAAAUGAUUUCCUCAAUGGCGGUACAUUGGUUAUGGCAAAUAAAAAGGCAAAGUGGUCUCAUAUAAUUCAAUUAGAAGAAAAAAACAGAAGCACGCUUCAUUUCACCAAAAUCACAAAAUUACACGUAGAUCCGAAAUUUCGUGCCAGAAUGAAAGUUAAAUUAGCUGCCCAAAUACUGAGCAACACAGUUGCUGCAAUUCUAAAAUUACUUUCCAAAAUAUCAAACAGCCGAGAAAUGCUACAAAGUGCAGAAAUAAUUGAAGAUUUAGAUCGCCUUUUCGACUGUACAAACGGGCCAUCUUCUCGGCACGAUAUGAAAAAAAAAAUUAGGGAAAAUGUGCGCGAGAACAGCUUUCACCAUAGACUUUGGAUCGAGUAUAAAGAAAAACUUAGAAGCCUUCAUUUUUUAAUCUGACAGUCAUUUGAGACAACGUGAGAUGUGUCAAUGGAUAUAUCACAACCAUAACCUCCCUUCAGAGUAUAUGGGUGUUUGUAGAGAGCAAACAUUUCAAAUAUUUAAAUCUGAGACAACUCAAUCAGGAUUCCCUGGAAAAUUUGUUCGGAGCUAUUAGGCAACACAGCCCAACAAAUAGAAACCCCACCUGUCAUCAUUUCCAAGCAGCCUUAAAGUCGUCAGUUCUAACUCGCCUGAGUGUACCCCGAAGCAGAGGAACAAACUGUGAAAGCGAUGAUGGUGAAAUAUUGUUCGAUUUUCACGACAUAGUAUUUGAUAAAAAAAACACAGAGGAAAAGAAAUCUUGUGGCGAAAAUCUGCUACUUCCAGGUACCCAUCGAAAGGAACCUUCGGUGUCUUCAAAUGAAGGUGUGCUUGCUUCAUGUACCCCUAGAAAUGAUAAUUUCUCAACCUCAGAUGAAAAUUUGCCACUGUUGCAUUUAGACGAUACAGAUGACUAUGAUGAGACAGAAUCUGACAAGCAAUUGGAAGAACUGUAUAAAAUGUUUGACAAGCAGCCAACUGUGUAUGUCAGUGGCUAUCUAGCUAAAGUUAUUUUGAAAAAGCAAAAAUGUCAAGAGUGCUGUCAAACAUUAAAAGUUUCGAAUCCUGAACAAAAUUCAAUUUAUGAUUACAUAGCCUUACGAGAAUGGUGGAGCGACAAAUCUUCCCUCACAGACCCGACACUUCAGCUUUGUAAAACCGUUGAUUUAGCUACAAAGGUAUUUGAGAGCGAAGUACGACUACAAUUAUUUCGCCAAAAUAUCAGUGACUAUUGUUUUACAAUAAUGAUAACUUUCUGUGAUACGUCAUGGAUGUGUAAAGAUCACAGAAGUAUGAUGUCUGAGAUCUUGUUGCGUCGCCUAAGUCAUUUAUUAAUAAGAAACGAUUGCCGCAAUAUAAAUCUUUCCUUCGCGAUAACCGAGGAAACUUCUGCAGAUUUAUCGAAGAAAGCGCAACAACAAGCUAUUGCGAAAUAAAUAAUGUCGUCAGUAGAACAUAACCUCCAGAACCAACACACCCGGCGUCCAAAUUCUUCAGCGGCGACGGAAAAUGUGCCAGUAGUUAAUUUAGCAUUAAAUAUUAUUUCUUAGUUACUAGAUAGUAAUAAAAAUAUACAAUAAAAAAAA